AUGGAGACACGGAGUGAGGUAAAGGCUUCAAAAUUCAAGAGGAUUUGUGUGUUUUGUGGGAGUAGCCAAGGCAAGAAAACUAGCUAUCAAGAAGCUGUUAUUGACUUGGGCAAUGAAUUGGGGAGUCAGAAAGGAUUAAACGGUGAGUAUGGAGUAAUCUCCAUUCCUGAAUUCUCUCAUCGGAUUCUUAGUGAUAGGGAUAAAUUCAUUGUUCUUGCUUCAGAUGGGGCCUUUAACUUGAUAAAGCCUAUAGCAUCUGUGAAGUUGUCCAUUACAUUGAGUUUAUCUUCAGAUUUGCUGGAGUAUGUCAUUGGUGAUGAAAAGCAGCUAAUGCAAGUUCUUUUAAAUGCAGUGGGAAUGCUGUGA